AACGCGUAGACAAGCAUUCGUUCGAAAUUAGGGUAGAAAUUUGUUUUCCCUAUCGAGGUUUCGUGGCUCUCAAGAGUUCCAAUGGCCGAAUCCCGUACAAUCUGCUCUUUAUUUAAAAUGACACGCCUCCCGAGACUCUAACCAAUACUCUCUACUUUCCGGCUACAGGUUUUCGAUUCCUUCUUCCUCAGAUUUCUCUCAUCCUCGUCGCUGACAUGGAAGCCAAUCAUGCCACUGAUGAUCAGAGCUCCCCAAACCCAGUGGUUAUCAUGCCGGAGACGGCAGAAGCCACCGCCUAUGUUCCAGUACAUACCAAUGGAGUCAUCGUCAAAGACGAAACCCAAGAAGAAGAGGAGAGCGGGGCAGAGACCAUAACAGACGACGAGCAGAGCGAAGACCAGGAUUUUGAUAGCUCAGACGCGGCCAGUGAUUACACCGUCUCUUCCGAAACAGAUGAGGAAGAAAGCUACGACGUCGACAGCGAUAACACCGUCCCAGCCCUAGGAGAGGAGGAUUAAAGCUUAGGUGAGGAUGCCGAAGGGUCUGGUGUCGACAGCGAUCGCACUGUCCAUGCUGUAAGAGACGAGGAGCACAGCUCCGACGACGACAACAUCGACUACUCCGAAGACUAUGAAAGCCGCUAUCCUUUCCAGCGAUUCUACAUUUUUCGCCCGAUAAGCGGGAACAACAGGGAGCAUCUAGAACAGGGGAACCUGACCAUAAUGUCGGAAUCGGCCCUGGAGGUUCUGCAUAGAACGAGAGUAGAUCCGGUGAGUAACCUUGUGGUGAGUAACUCCAUGCAUAACCCAAUAAGAAUCUGUCACAUCA